GCGAGCAGAAGUCCGGGCGAAGACGAGGUUGAGUAGUCUCGUUUUGAAUUUCCAAUCCUUGUCCCCCAUACCCUCAACGCAGUAUCUGCAGUCAGAAUAGACAGCGCUACGAGAAGGUGGAGGCUAUCCGAAACAUGAGUAUGUUUUACUGAACUGGAUACUCUCCCCCUUUAUUAGCUAGCGAACACGCUAAAGUUAGCUAGCUUGCUAAACAGACAUUUCAAUCCAACAUGGCGUUUCAAGAAACGUUUUUUGAGUAGAUCAGGAACGAUGCUUUGUUGUCGUAGCAGGGAAGUUAUGUCCUCGUUUUCUAGCCAAAAAUAACAGUAAACCGCAAACCUGCUUCCCUAGUAUACAAGUCACACUUCCCCAAUAUUGAACCACUCAAAAAUCCUUUAAACUACCAUCUGACGUUACUGUUAGAUUUGCUAACUAUUGCAGAUUAGUACCAGCAAUAUGUGACCAUUUUGAAAGGACCAUGAAUAGAUUUGCAAUGACAUGGCUGUAAUCGAUGACACUCGCACCCAAUAGUAGCUCAUUCAGAAAUGGGUUUGUGUUGCUAGGUGAUGGAUUUAUUUGCGAGUGAAACAAAAACACAUAGUUGGACAUACAUUAAAAACGUGAGUAGAUAACACAAGAAAGGCAGAGCCUUCCGUAUAGUGGGUCAGUUUGGAGAGAUGGAGGAGCAGGAGAGAACCUUAACUAGCCAGGAAGACGCUGAGGAGUCCACGCCAGGAGGCCUUAUGACCACGGAAGAGGAGGCCAAACUCCUCCCCAAUGACCCUGAUAUCACUAAAACACUACAGGAGCCUUAUGGAUCAACACCUGAGUACAUCAAGGCCAAGCCACAGUCCUCAGAGGAGACUCUGCCACAGACACAGUCACAGAUAGAAACUCAGUCACAGACACUGACAGAAUCAAACAGGUUGUCACAGACAGAGCAACAGGCGCUGUCACAGACAGAGACACAGAUGCUGUCACAGACAGAGACACACACACUGACAGACACACAGACACAGUCACAGAUAGAAACUCAGUCACAAACACUGACAGAAUCAAACAGGUUGUCACAGACAGAGCAACAGACGCUGUCACAGACAGAGACACACACACUGACAGACACACAGACACUGUCACAGACCCAGAGACAGACGGAGGAAUUCCUAAUCCUGGACCAGAAUGGACAGAGUCUACACUAUGAACACAUGGUUAUAGUAAGUGGUCAGUCAGACAACGGGGAGAUGUUUGUUAUCCCGUCCACCCAACUAGGAGGUUCUCAUGUUCUGCUCCCUAGAGGUCAGCUACUGGAUAUCAUGGAGUCCUCAGGUUCCUCUGGGGAGAAGACCGGGGGUGAUGACCAGGAGGAGGAGCUUCAGGACAACACCUUGACCACUGUGUCAGAUGAUUUGACUGCAGUAACAUCGGAUGCUAAAACCCAGACACAGAGUUGUCAGGACUGCUUUACGUCACCCUUGAAACCCCUCCCAUCCAACGCCCCCAACUGGGCCCUGAGGCUUCGCAACGCUGAGAAGAUAGGGGACUCCUACCGAGGCUACUGUAACACGGACACCGAGCUGGAGACCAUCCUGUGGCUCCACAAACAACAGACCAACAGUGUCUUUGGGACACGCCAGUCGCCCUCCCCUGCUAAGCCUGCCACGCGCCUCAUGUGGAAGUCCCAAUACGUGCCCUAUGAUGGGAUACCUUUUGUGAACGCUGGCAGUAGGGCCAUAGUGAUGGAGUGUGAGUUUGGCCCAAGGAGGAAAGGCCUUCAGCCCAAGAAGACUGCUGAGCAAACCAUCGCUCACAAUAUUGACUACAAAGCUACGUGUCCUGCAAGGAUCUACAUAAAGAAGGUGCGUAAGUUUCCUCAGUAUCGUGUGCCAACUGACCCUAAAGUAGACAAGAAGGUUGUUCGUCAGGAGCAGGAGAAAGCCUUCUUCAACCUGAGGAAGACCUUGUGGGAUGUGGGCGGAGUCCUGAGGUAUUACAUGCAGCUUCCUACCCAGAAGGCUCAUCUCUACCAUGACAUCAACACUGCUCUCCUGACACCACCUCCAGACCUCUUACCUCUCAUGGAUGAGGCUGUGAAACAAGAGGAGAUGGAGGAGGAGGAGGAGGAAAAGGGAUGUGUCGAUGAAGGAGAUGGAGGUGUUGGAGAAGAUGGAGGCAACAUGUCCUCUCGUCUCCACCCCCGGGUGGCCGACAAGAUUAGAGAGCUGGUGGAGCAGGGUCAUAACCAGGUGUACCAAGUCCGCAAACAGCUGAGGCGCUUUGUGGAGCGAGAGAUGUUUACAUCAGAAGAGGUCCCUGAGAGACAUAAUCUCUGUUACUUUCCUACCGUCAAUGACAUCAAGAACCACAUCCACGAGGCCCAGAAGACCUUGCAGCAGAAUGGGGUUAUAACUGAUGCUCAUUGGAGUGUCGUAGGAGGGGACCCCAUGAUGGCUGAGACAGUGACUCUGACCCUCACCCCUGCUUCUGCUGAAGGUAGCCUCCAGAGAGUGUUGGAAGGAAGUGAGAUGUUAUCACCUGUGCCUGUACACCUCUUCAGCUCUCUCACCUCACUGCAGCCCAAGAUCUUUGCCCAGUUACAGGGCAUCCAGCUACAACCAGGCCUGUGUUCAUCUGAAGGAGCGGAGUGUCCUACCACUACUCUAGAGUCGAUGGACCUGGCCAGCCCCUCUCCCCCUGGGCCCCUCGUCGUCAGCCCCACUCUGGGGGAAGCUAUGACCCUGGCUGACCCAUCAGCACUCCUCAGCAUGGGACAUGUGGUCAGCGUGUCAUCGCUUGGGGACGGCCAGUUGGUCAGCGUGUCAUCUCUAGAGGACGGGAGUUUGGGGACCCACCACAUAGUGCUGGAGGAUGGACAGACAAUCCCUGUUCAGAUAGUGGACCAUUCUGUAGCUCUGACCAAUCCAGACGAGGCCAAGCAAGACGAUAUCAAGCAGGAGGGCGUUACAGUCCAGCCUCAAGACUGACUCUGGGGGAGUACUGCUGUACCCCUAAUUGCUGCUGUUAAUCGUUCUGGAAGAGCGUCUGCUAAAUAACUAAAAUGUAAAUAUAUAUACUGUGUUCCAGGCUCACAUGGGUGCACGCCAAUACCAGCUUUUAUUAUGUACAGUUGGACAGGUUGAUUUGAACUAUGUUAGUUAUGUAAUAGCUAGAUUUAGGGCUCUGUCCAAGUUUAGCCUUGUCAGUUAUGCAGCUCUGUCAAGACGACUACACACUACUUAGGAGACUAACAGAACUCAGGAUGUUUUAUUGACUGAUCAGGCUGGAGCAACGGUUCCCUACCAGAGGUACCAGAACCCCUCUGGGUUUUUCUGAGAAGAAUCAUGACACCACGUGCCUACUGGUAAAAUGCACAGGAGGGGGAACUCUGUGCUAAGCCAAGAGUAUUUUAAAUUGUGUGUUUCAAACCCUAUUAGAGAAUAUUUUGAGGAUCAUGUUUCAGUACCACUUCACACUCGCAUUUAUAGCUAAUGACGCUUUAUUGAAUUAUAAAUGAAUUUAGAACUUUACGUGCUUAAUUGGUUGCUUAGGUUUGUGUACUACUGUUCUGUCCAUCUGCAAAUAAACAUCCAUUAAUUUU